UCUGGUCCUAUCAGUGCUGCCCGUGUCAUAUUGUGGCGCCCUGCUCCUCUUCCCUCCGCCUCCUCCAAUCCUGCGUGUUGCAGCCAGUGCAUGAGGAAGCUGCGGCAGUGUAGCAGCCUCGUCUCACAUCGUAGUCUGCACUGAUGGCAGCAGCGGCCUCCUGAGCGGGCACCAUGGCAGAAGCGGGCGCAGCUGGCAGCAGGCGGCCGCGGAAUGGGCGCUGUAAUGCUGGGCAGGCCGCCAGCAGGAGGGAGCUGAUCUCCCGGUCUGUGCUGAGCGCUGAGCACUGCCUGCGGGACAGGGACUAUGGCACUGCCUAUGCCCACUUCCUGCUGGUGCUCAGCCUGGCCCCCCAGCUCAAAGAUGAAUUCAAGGAAACCUUUCAGUAUUCUCUCUUCAAAUGGGCAGAGGAGUUAUACGCUUUAAAUCGAAGUCAGGAUUUAUUUAAUUGUUAUGAGCAAGCCUUGGAGCUCUUUCCAAAAGAUGAUAUUAUAUGUAACAGUAUGGGAGAGCAUCUCUUCAGGUUAGGAUUUCGAGAUGAAGCCGCUGGCUAUUUCUACAAAGCUGUGAAGUUGAAUCCAAACUCAGCUGAUGCCAAAGAAAAUUUCUAUCGUGUAGCUAAUUGGUUGGUGGAACGCUGGCAUUUUGUUAUGCUCAAUGACAUCAAGAGAAAUCGCAUGUAUCAGAAAGCUAUUGAGAAGGCUGUCCAGACUGGCUGCAACACUGUGCUGGAUAUUGGAACUGGUACCGGAAUCCUAAGCAUGUUUGCAAAAAGAGCGGGUGCCCCUCAUGUUUAUGCCUGUGAGCUCUCCAAGACCAUGUAUGACCUGGCCUGUGAAGUGAUGGCAGCCAAUAACAUGGAAGGCGAGAUCAAGCUUUUACACAUGAAGUCUCAUGAUGUUCGGGUUCCUGAGCACAUCCCUGAAAAAGUUUCACUGGUUGUCACAGAGACUGUGGAUGCUGGUUUGUUUGGUGAAGGUAUUGUGGAGACUCUGAUUCAUGCCUGGAAAAACUUACUUUUGCAGCCAAAGCCCACAUGCGGUACUGGUGAGGGGUAUGGGCAAGUCAUACCUGCGGGAGCUGUGGUAUAUGGCAUGGCUGUAGAGUGCUUAGAAAUACGCAGACAUCACAGAGUGUUUGUGAGUGAGGUUGCUGGUGUGAACUUAGGAGCAGCAGUGCGGUUUUCCAGUCCCGUACACAGCAGUCACAAAGCUAACGAUGUAACAGAGCCGUAUGCUACAGAGAAGAUUGGUAGAGUUCCUGGGGGAUAUAAAGCACUGAGCCAGCCCUUCCAGGCACUGUCCAUAGACUUCAAUAGCCUGCAGGACUUGGAAAGCAUUGCAUCGGGAAAGUCUUGCAGGAUCUCCAUGCUGGUCCAUGAACAAGGCCAGCUUGAUUGCUUUACAACCUGGUUUGUCCUCCAUCUGGAUAGUGAACACAAUUUGUCCACGAUCCCCAGUGAGGAAACGUGCUGGGAACAAGCAGUCUUCCCCAUCCAGAACCUCUCUGCUGAUGACUAUUUUGUCAACCCAGGGGACACAGUAGUAGUGGAUGUUUCCUGUCCUGACUGCUAUUUAAGAUUAGAUCUAGUCACAGUUAUCAGAGCUGGGGCGAUGGACAGUAGCGCAUCUUAUAAUAAGAUGCCAGAAGGGAACGAGACUGAAUUGUGUGAUGCAUUAGCCAGUCUUCACACCACUCUUCAGGAGGAGAACGUGAAGGAACCCUGCAUCCUGGAACCCAGCGAGAUAGCCUUACUGAACAAUAUAGCAUACCAUGAGAGCUUCAAGACUGCUAUUAGUAAAGUUAUGUCUUCUCUGAUGCUGGAAGAGAACGGUUCAUUUAGGACUAAGAACAACACCUCAGUACCUGAAGAAGAUCCCUUAGACCCUCUCUACAUGCUGGACGUAUCUGAAGGGUUUUCUAUCCUUUCUCUGAUUGCCGCACAGCUGGGGAGAGUGAAAUCUUACAGCUCCGUUGAAGAAGAACAGCAUUGUGUGGCCUUGCAGAGACUGUCAGAGAGGAAUGGAAUUCCUAAAGAGAGCCUGGAAUUUUGGCUGAACCAGCUGGAAGCAGAUGAUGAUGUUUUACAGAGACCGAAGUCUGACAAGUUGUGGAGCAUCAUCAUUCUAGAUGUGAUUGAGCCGUGUGGCCUGAUCAGACAGGAAGUGAUGGAAAAAGCCGCGAUAGCUAGGUGUUUACUACAAGCUGGAGGCAAGAUCUUUCCUCAGUCUGUAGUGAUACAUGGAGCACUAAUUGAAUCCCAUACUCUGAUGCAGGAGUGUGCUGUACAAGGCACAGAACCUACUCUGGGUUUUAAUAUUGCACAAUCUAUUAAUCAGUUUAAGGUUCCUGUCCAUGUGUUCCUGAAUCUCUCUACCCUGCCUUGUGUCUAUCUAAGUGAUCCAGUAGAACUGCUGAGGCUGGACCUAAUGAAUCCGUAUUUAAACAGUUUUAGCUUAGCCACUGAAAUAAAGGUUAAAAUCUGUAAAACCGGACAGGUGACUGCUAUUCCUUUUUGGUAUCAUCUCCGCCUGGAUGAAGACAUUCACCUGGAUACUACUAGUGCAACAUCACAUUGGAAACAAGCAGCCUUUGUAUUGGAUACACCACUCAGUGUGGCUAAUGGGGAAGAACUGUCACUAGCCGUACAUUUCCAGAACAGCAAUGUCAGUAUGACUUUGAGGCGGCCACAGGAAUAAGCCAACUUUUGAGCAUUAAAUAAAACUGCUCUGUAUUUAGGAUAAUUACUACAGUACAUUAGGAUCUGCUAUUAAAAAUUUUAUACAGAA